GAAUCCAUUACCUAACAUUUCAUACUUCUAUGUUUCAAUAAUGGAUAUUAUUUUUUUCUGUUUAUUUUAUAAAAUGUAGGAAAAUAAAAUAUUGGUGCAAAACCACAACAAGAACAGUUGGAGAGCCAGGAAUGACCAAUCAAUUGCACUUAAUUAUUUUGAGGUUCAUGAUGUGUGACGUGGACAUGGGUAGGUGUUUUUCUUCUCCAAACGGACAUGAUAAAAGCACGCUUCUUGCGCUGGCCUACUUUACUUCAUAAAGAGGAGAUACUGUCAGCACGUCUAUCAGCCCCGCAACUACAAGAAAUGCAAUAUAACAGGGACCAAGACACUGUUGUGACCAUCGUCAACCCUGUGGAGCAUCCCACAGACUAUGUGGUAUGGUCCAUCUGCAGCUUCUUCCACGCAAACCCCUUUUGCCUCGGACUGUUGGCGCUGAUCUUCUCAUUCAAGGCAAGAGACAUGAAGGUGAUCGGAGACCUGCAGAGAGCCAAGAAAUAUAGCAAGUGGGCUCUGGGCUUCAACGUGGCCGCGCUGAUCAUUCUUUUUGUGACUAUCUUGAGUCUUGUAAUUGUUUUGAUAAUUAGAACUGCCAAUAUGUAUCGUUAUUACCACUACUAGGGCCAAGAAACCAGUUAAUUGCCCCUGUACCAAAAAUAAUAAUGAAGCUGUAUUGAUUUAAUUACCCCGUAAUGCGCUUUGUAACCAUCAGCACAGCACAGUGAAUAUCCGUCAUUAUUUUACGCUACCCUUCAGAAUUUAAUUGAUUUGAAAAUAGUUUUAGCAGCCGCCCCAGCGAGAACUCCAAGUUAAUGAUGCAUAAUGUCCAUAAAAUAACCCUAUAGUCCACCAAAGCACUUGGUGACAAGACAGCAGUCCAGAUGCAACGGAAGACCAUUAGAGGCGUCGUCAGCCCCUUUUUACUGGGGCACGUGCCCCAGUUAAAGUCUCCAGUGCCCCAGUAAAAUUCCAUUGAUCAUUAUUAAAUUCAUCUGCAGAAGCGCCGCUCUCGCUAUGGAAUCGGCAGGAUUCAUCAAGUGCAUCUCCUGCUGCCUCGGGAGUCUUCAGUCGAGCCUGCCUCUUACCAGCCAAUCAAAAAACGAAAGGGGCUACAUAAAAGCCAAUCAGAAAAUAGCCCUAUUGUAUCUGGGUAAGAUUUAACGCAACAACCAAUGAAAAAAAUCAGUUAUUUACGGAUUCGUCCACGUGACUCUUCUGAAAGUGUGUAAAGUAUGACCAAGUGUUUCUUUCUGUUCAAUAGUCUAGAUAGAACUUUAUCAAUCCCCUGUAGGAGAAAUUUGUUAAUAAAA